GUCGACACCGCCGAUGGCUACUCAACCCCUGCAUCCCCGCCUCUGUGCCGCUUCUCCCCCUCCCAUCUUCCUCCCUCGGGCCUCCGCGUCCCGCCGUUCCUGGGUUCCUCCACUGCGUCGAGGACCACCGAAUCGGAAGAGCCUAAUCCUCUUCUGAAACAAAAGAAAUCCCAUUGCGUCAGUAGCAUAUUCGACACUUGAAUUGAUGGUUUGGGUUCACGCAUUGAUAACAGAUGAUCCAUGGAAGAUCCCUGAAUGAUCGAUUUCUUCGCAACAAGGACUACGCCGCGUUAGUCAAGGCCGUGAUUGUGAACGAAGAACCUGACAUUGCAUUUCAACUCGUAAAUGAAUUGAAAUCCAAAGGAUUUAAGCCUGGUUGUGAUGUCCUCUCGGGUUUGAUGCUUUGUUAUGCUAAACAUGGCUUCUUCAUGCAAGCCCAGGCUUUGUGGGUUGAGAUCAUAAACAGCUCGUUCGAGCCGCGCAUCGAGGUAAUCUGGGAUCUGAUGAAGGCCUAUGCCCAGAUGGGCCAGUUUGAUGAGAUAACCAGGAUUGUCCAUGAGACCACCCUCAGAAAUUUUGGCUUCGGUCCUGAGGUUUACACGAUGGCUGUCUCUUGUUUUGGGAAAGCUGGCCAGCUUCGGUUGAUGGAGGAAGCUGUAAAAGAAAUGGUCUCAAGAGGUUUUAAGGUUAACUCUGUAAGUGGCAACGCUUAUGUUAAGUAUUACAGCAUAUAUGGUUCAUUGGAAGAUAUGGAAGCUGCAUAUGAGCGCUUGAAGAAAUCAAGAAUUCUGAUUGAGAAGGGAGCGAUCCGAUCGAUGGCAUCUGCGUACAUAAACCAAAGACAAUUCUAUAAAUUUGGUGAAUUUCUUCGGGAUGUAGGUCUUGGCAGACGGAAUGUGGGAAAUCUUCUGUGGAACCUACUUUUGCUAUCUUAUGCUGCAAAUUUUAAAAUGAAAAGCUUGCAAAGAGAGUUUCUUGGUAUGUUGGAUGCUGGUUUCUCACCUGAUAUAUCCACGUUCAAUAUCAGAGCAUUGGCAUAUUCAAGGAUGUCUAUGUUCUGGGAUCUCCAUUUGAGCAUCCAGCACAUGAGGUAUAAGCGUGUCAUACCAGAUCUUGUUACAUAUGGUUGCAUUGUGGAUGCCUUCUUGGAGAGAAGGCUUGCAAGAAAUAUUUCCUUUGAAUUAGGAAAAUUGGAUGUUGAGGCCACUCCAAUUAUGUUAACUGAUCCGCUAGUUUUUGAGGUCUUUGGUAAGGGUGAUUUCCAUUCAAGCUCCGAGGCUCUAUUAAAAUCCACAAGGCAGAGGGAUUGGACAUAUUCAAAGCUCCUAGCAAUAUAUCUGAAAAAACAAUACAGGAGAAACCAAAUCUUUUGGAAUUAUUGAUGAAAUUCAUUGAUGUUUUCUCAGAAGACAAUGAUGAGGUUGCAACCAGAAUAUCUUUUAGAAGCGAAUGAACUCAGUAAUUUGAGGUUGGAAAGUCACCAAUCACCAUAGGAUUUACAUACUUGAGCAGAGAAUACAUACAUAAAGUGCACACCAAGAAUGAAACACUCAGGUAUUUCUCGUUCGAGAUUGUUACCAUUCUUUUCCCUUUUAGACUAGAGAACAUUAGCAUUUCAGGUAUGGUUUGAAUGAAAUGGCUGAUUGAUUCAUGUCGUAGCCGUCAGAUUCCUAGUUUUAGCACCAACACUUCAUUUUCCAGAUUUGGCAAGUACAUGUAACAUUGGACAAAAUCAUUUAGUGUGAUAUGUGAUUACUUAGGGAUACUGGUAUGUCUUGUUUGAAGUAAUUAAAAAUAUACAACACAAUUUAACGACACAUGAUGGUAAAUAUAAAGUGUUGUUGCUAAAUGAAGUGGAAGAUCUGUGUGAUUCCAUGCUUUUUGUGUAUCUCAAUUCUUUACAUAUUGUCAUUUUGCACCCAAAUGCCAUACAGGUAGAUGCUUAUUUAUAGAAGUUUCAGUGUUAAGGGGCUUGCUUGUUUGCUAGUGUCAACUCUGAAACUGAAUAAGAAUUUGAGGUAUGGUCAUGUUCAAUAUGUAUUAUCACAUUCAGUUGGAAAUUAUAAUCUGUUACUCUA